ACGAGACAGACAGGACAGAGAAGUCGCGAAAAAACAAAUGGCGUAACAUCGUCGGUGCCCACAUUCAAAACGGGACGAGUCUAGCUCUUUUGGAAGCUUUGCAGUCGAAAGAUUGGUGUAAUUUGCGUAUUUUUUUAGUAUCCGAUGUGAAAAUAGCAGCCAUUGGACUGCUGCUUCUUGUAAAAAGUUCAAAGUUCUCGGUUUUUAGUUCUUAGUUGGUGGAUAUCCUGCGGCGUGUUUGUAAAAAAGCAAGAAUAACUUUGGAUUCCGCUGUUCAGAAGCCUCUUUGUAAUAACUUUGUGCAGAGUGCAGAAUUUUCGCAGGGAUAACCGCAGCGGACAUCAGCAGCCAGCAAGCGGAAGAGGUCGGGCAAAAAAGUGAUUUUUCAGUGUCCCAUUUCGGCAGAAACUGUAAAUAGUGCUUCGGAUCGGACGAUCACAGAAAUAUUAUCCAUCAAAUUUUCAGUUCGGUUUUACGGCAUUUUCUCCGGGACGGAACACUCUGCUCCCUGUAAAUUUGUACAGUUAGUGAUAGACACGAUUAUUGCAGCAUUUUCGCGAUUCCAUAUCCGCGGAGAAGAAGACAGCUUUGGGCGGUCGUGAGUGUGUUGGUGAACCGAUCGAGCGCUUCUGGAAUAUCCAGUUUGUCCAAUUCCUCGGCGGCAUUCGAAGAAGAAAAAUCCUCCGCCGCAGUGGCGAAGAAGAGUUUGUGGUACUGGUGAAGCGAAAUUCCCUGGCUGCAGCGCCCCGAGCCGCGUUGGAGGUGUGUGCGUGCGGUUGUUAGCAUUCGGGCAAGUCCAGAAGUGUGAAGCUAGACCCGGGCCUUUGGGUGGUACUACUUCCGGAUUCCUUGGCCGGAGCAAGCAGAAAACUGGCGUUAGAUCGAAUUGUUUGCGCGUGAACGGAAGUGACCGGAUUGUGACUAAUCGAAAAAUUUGCUGGUAGAAUAAUUGGGAAGAUCAUUGGCCCAAUCGGAAGAAAUUGUGGAAUUGUGUGGAAAAGAGUACCCAGAGAGGACGCGGAAGUGUAUAAUAGUGAGUGGUUUGGAGCAUUCGGGAGGGCAAAAAAUCGGCAAGUCCUGGGCAGAAGAGAAGUGGGCACACAAGUGCUAACCAUAGCAAGAGUGCGGUGUUACGCCGAAAGUAUUAUAACAGCAGAAGAGACCCUUUUGGGUUCGGCUAAGUGCAUGGUUGUUAGAUAAGAGCGGAAUAAAGUUAAUUCGAUUAAGUCGGAAUCGAGGGCAAAACGGAGAAGCAGGAAACGCACAAGCGACAACAAUAAUUUUUGUUUGUGGAUUUGUUUUCAAACAAUUCACUCUUGGCAGUAAUCUCAACGCAACGCAACAUCGCCGUUAUCGGUUUCCCAGCUAGGAGAAGCCGGCAAGCUGCGUUAGCUCUGGUUGUAUUGCGGUGCGUGCUUUUUCGUGCGUUGAGCGGGUUCUGGUUGGGUGCGACAAGGACCGAAUCCAUCACCGGCCUACCAACCGAUGCAAGUGUUUUAGGGUGCGCAACCAAAUCGAAAAUAGAAAGAAGAUCCAUUCGUUAUUGUCGAAAAGUGUGUGCAGUGGCUGUCGUCUGCGUGGAGAAAAACCCAUCGAAGUGCGCGCGUGGGCUUGGGCGGUGUUUUUGAAAUAUUGUUCCGGUCCCGAAAAGCUCCCAAAAUUCAUCUGGAAGUGGUGAGUAUCGUAUCGAACAAUCAUGCUGCAGCAUCCACUCGAGCCGGAGGUGGCUGCCAUGAAACUGCUCGGUGGACAUGACGAUGGUGGUGGACGGGGCGCUCCGAUCCGAUCACAGGACGACGCCGCUGUCGGUUAUGUCUUUCAGCGGCAUCCCAACGAGACCGAGUUCAACCAGUUCGCUCAGAAGCAGUCCCGGUGGGCUUCCGGGGAUGAUGCCAUUAUCGAUAACCAGGACAAAUGGAAGUACAAUCCAACGCUCACGAACAACAGCACCGGUGGGUUGCUUCCGCCUCCGUCGAUGGCGUCGGUCAACAAACACCACCAAGCACAGCCGCAAGCCCAGCAGCAACAGCACCAGCAGCAGCAACAACAGCAACUGCCCAUGAUCAAUCAUCACCCGUCGCAGCUCGCGAGCCACUUGAACCAUCAGAAUCAUCUCAACCAAACAAUGCUCAACCACACGGCCAUGGGCAAUGCGGCCGCCGUCAGUGGCCUCCCGACGAUGCAGAUGCCCAUGCAGGGCGCCGGCAUGUACGAUCACCUGCAUCCCCCGAACGUUAAUGUGAACGUGAACGGAGUCGUACCGAAGCCGCCGCCCGGCCAGGAACAGUUGGUCUUCCUGGGCGGUGGCCAACAGUACGGUGUCCUAGCGCCACAGAAUCAGUACAUCGCACGGAACAACGCAGCGAUCACCACAUCAGCAACGAAGAAACUCUGGGAAAAAGGCGGCAGCAACGAUGUGAAGGUGGCCACCGGAGGGGCCACUGGCCCGUUGGCGCCGCUUCAGCUGCACGGCACCACCGACCAUCAGGUGUGGCGUGAUUCCACCUGGUCAUCGCAGGGCGAUGCGAUACUGGCCUCGAGACGUAUCUUCCCGCACGCGCCCGACACGAAUCCGACCGGAUCGACAGGAAUUUUAAGCCCCCGGGAUUCCACUGGAGGACUUGGUGUAAAAAUGGUAGAAUACGUCCUCGGUGGAUCUCCAACAAACAAAGAAAGUCCGCUUGCUAGUUUAGAACCUCGAUUUAAGGGAUUGAAAUUUGAUGAUAAUGACAAAAUACAAUCUCAAUUGCCCUUUCAGACAUCUGACGAUAAAGAUAAAGCUAACUCGCCAUUCGAAUCGAACGGUUUGAAAAAGGAAGAAGUGAAUUCGACCAAUGGUGUGGUGAUCGUAAAUGGAAUUGAUGACGACAAAGGAUUUAAUCGCACCCCUGGUUCCCGACAGCCAUCGCCGGCUGAGGAACAACUGCCGCGAGCUUCCAAUCUGUUGGAUGCUCCUUCGCAUCACGGUUCCGGCUUCCCGCAGCACCCGUCCCUCCAUCACAUGCUUGGUUCGGCGGCUGCUGCUGCCGCCGCUGCCGCUGCGGCAGGGGUCGGAGCUGGUGCCGGAGCGAAUGAUUUGGCCCAGCAGGCGGCUGCUGCCGCACUGGGUUCCUACCACCAUCCUCAGAUGAUCAAUCAGAUGAAUCAAAUGAAUCAGCUUAACCAGAUGAACCAGAUGAGCCAGAUGCAGAGCCACGUCAUGAACGGCGUAGGAGGGAUCCCGCAGAUAACACAGAGUCAAAUGGUUAGUCAACCCGGUCAGGGUCCUAACCAGAUUGAAUCGCCCGCUAAUCUGCUGCAGCAGCCUCACAAUUUCGAUGUACAGCAACUAUUCAGAUCCAAUCCCGGUCUAACGGCUGCCAACUCGGCGGUCCCGGGUGCACCAAACGGACAGCCACUGCCACAGUCAGCCCUCUCGCUAUCGGCGGCCCAACAACAGCAACAGUUUCUAGCGCAACACAAUGCAGCCUAUGCGGCGCAACAGGCGGCGCCCUACGUCAUCAAUCCGGGUCAGGACCCGUCGCCGUAUAUGGGGGCGCUCAUCACGGCCGGUGUCCCACAGUACUAUGGAGUUGCAGCCCCCUGGGGCGUUUAUCCUGCCAAUUUGAUCCCCCAGCAGCAAUCACAGCCUCGGAGGCCAUUAACGCCCUCCCAGCAAGGUGCCGAAAAUCAACCCUACCAGGUGAUAUCGGCUUUCUACGAUCAGAGCGGUUCGCUGGUGAUGGGACCUCGCACCGGAACGCCGAUGCGGCUGGUGAGUCCGGCACCACCGGUGCUGGUACCGCCGGGUGCGGCCGGUCCGCGCGCUCCCCAAGCACCGCCAGCGAUCUACCCGCCGCAGACUGCCCAGCAGAGCAUGUAUUCCGCCGCCGCGCAGAAUGGAUCCAACAUUGGAGGUCUGGCUCUAAGCACAUCGUCCCUGACAGCCCGUAGGGACUCGUUCGAUCGUAACACAUCGGCCUUCAGUCCUUCGUUGGACUACACAUCGGCGUCCACGAAUGCCGUGGUGAGCAAUGCAGCGGCAGCGGCGGCGGCCGUCGCCCGGAAGUGGCCCGUAGGAGCAGGCAGCUAUGGAGGUUUAAGCGCAAUUACGGCCUCGGCCAGUCCACUUGGUGCCUCAAUCACGCCUCCACCGGUUUCGGGACUGGGAGCGCUGGUUACAAGCCGUGCGCCGGGUGCAGAAACCAAGUAUCGGCAGAUCAACCAGUUAGCUCCGGGUAUUUCGGCGAACGCUAUGUUCGGAUCCAGUAACUCACUCUUCUCCAAACUAUCCGGAACGGCAGUCAGACCCACAGCGGCAGCAACGGCCGUAGUUACGGCCGUUGCCGGAGCUGCUCCAGGAAUGGAUCGUCCACCAGGACGUUCGCGAUUAUUGGAAGAUUUCAGAAAUCAACGCUAUCCUAAUCUUCAGCUACGCGACCUCACUAACCAUAUCGUAGAAUUCUCACAGGAUCAGCACGGUUCACGAUUCAUUCAGCAAAAACUUGAGCGAGCGACGGCUGCCGAGAAGCAGUUAGUUUUCAAUGAAAUUCUCGGGGCCGCGUACAGUUUAAUGACCGACGUAUUCGGUAACUACGUCAUUCAAAAGUUCUUCGAAUAUGGCUCGCCGGAACAGAAGCAAGCCCUUGCCCAGCAAGUUAAAGGACACGUACUCCCGCUAGCUCUUCAGAUGUACGGUUGUCGGGUCAUCCAGAAGGCCUUAGAGAGCAUUCCGACGGAACAGCAGCAGGAAAUCGUCCGGGAGUUGGACGGCCACGUGUUAAAAUGCGUAAAGGAUCAGAACGGAAACCACGUGGUACAAAAGUGCAUCGAAUGCGUUGAGCCAACGGCACUGCAGUUCAUCAUCGAUGCAUUCCGCAAUCAGGUUUACUCGUUGAGUACUCAUCCGUACGGAUGUCGGGUCAUCCAGCGGAUACUGGAACACUGUACGCCGGAGCAGACGUCGCCGAUUCUGGCCGAACUGCAUGCCAAUACGGAGCAGUUGAUCCAGGACCAGUACGGCAACUACGUCAUUCAGCAUGUGUUGGAGCACGGUAAACCAGAGGACAAAUCGGUUCUGAUUGCCGCUGUGCGGGGAAAAGUGCUGAUUCUGUCACAGCAUAAGUUCGCUUCGAAUGUGGUGGAAAAGUGCGUAACGCAUGCAACGCGAGCCGAGCGGGCACUGCUGAUCGAAGAAGUGUGCUCCUUCAACGAUGCCGGUCUCCACGUGAUGAUGAAGGACCAGUACGCCAACUAUGUGGUCCAGAAGAUGAUCGACGUGUCGGAACCGACGCAGCGUAAGGUGCUGCUGCACAAGAUUCGCCCGCACAUGAACUCGCUGAAGAAGUACACCUACGGCAAGCACAUCAUUGCCAAGUUGGAUAAGUUUUCGCUGAAAACACCCAACUCCAUCGGUGGCGGUAGCGGUGGACCGGCGGGCGCUGGUGGAAUACCGAGCGGUGGCGUGGGUGGUGCCAACAGUAGCACCGUUUCGGUUAACAAUGGAAACAGUAAUGGCAAUGGGGACGUCGGAAGUGUCGGUACCAAUGGAACCAACGGCGCUGGCCAGCAGAUGGUACCGAGCUCGAAUGGGAAUUUGUCAGCCAGCAAUGGAACCGGUGUGGUCGUCGUCAACAGCACUGGCAACGGAGGAGUGACGAAUCUGGGUCCCAUCGGGCCACCACCUACAAAUGGGGUGGUAAUGUAAGUUGAGAGAAAAGGCCGUCGAUGAUUAAUGAUUGUAUCAUAUAUUUAGGGAGUUUCUUUUAAGAGGUAAGAAAAGUUAGAAUGCGCGCUUGGUCAAUAGUUCGGAUUAUGCACACCAGAAAAAAACGAACACACACACUCAAACGCAAAACAAGAUGCUUUACGCUACUGCACACGGGAAUGUGCCUUCGAUCGCCGGAGGAAAAGCUGCCACAAACGCGGGGAGUUAGAAGUGGUGGCGCGACUUUUAUUUUGUAUAGAAACCAUUUGUAAAUAUUUUUCCUAUUUUUUUACAUUCGGAGAUUUUUCUCUGUCGAAACAUGUGUUUAGUAGGUUUUGUUUUAAAAGUGGCAGGAUCGAACCGAGAAAGACUUUUGAUUAUAUAAAUACUAAGAACAAACGACGUGGUUAGUAGUUAGAUGUUCUGCACAGUUCGGAUGUACACAAUCUUCCCCCAACAGAUGUAAUAAGUUAUUUGUUUAUAGGAACAUGCAGAUAAAAAUGAAGACGGAUCUCAGCCCCAUUUAUAAGUUUAAAACACGUUCGAGACUAGAUAGAAACUGUUCGGAGACAGUUCCCGUGUAUGUUUUAUUAAGGAGAUAAUGUAUUCGUUUUUAUAUUAUUAUUGAAGAAACUAUUCUUCUCCGCGAUAGAAGCGCAUUCCAAGAGAUUAGCCAAAGCUGCAAGGCAUCCUCAGAAUUAAUCCCCAUUUGAAUGCCAUAGAAAGCACUCAAAGACUAUUAUACAGAAAAGGAUUUGCAAUUUCAAAACCCAGAGAUUAUCGUGACAAGAAAAUUUUAAUCAAUAGUUUUACAAAUAGUUCAGGAAAUGAAGCAUUCAUAUCAACAUCAGCAGUACAAUAAUUCACUCAUAAUGAAAUCCCAUCAUUUUUUAUAGUUUGCCGGUAAAAUAUUGUCCAUAAUAGAGCAGAUAUUUAAAAAAAAAGCGCUUCGAACUUUUCGACUUGAUCGGUUUGAGACUCCCGUUCUAGGCGAUUUAGUAUAGAGUGUACGAUUAGGAUGAAAGGAAACUCUCUUUGUUGUGGAACAUUGCAACAUAUACAUAUAAAUUAUUGAGCGAUAACAAAGAGAUGGCGUAACCCGGUGGGAGCAGCAACUAUACAUAAUAUGAAUUGGUAAUAUUUUAUGUGUAUCCUGUAUUGUAAUCAAAGUCUUAACGCUAUUGUAGAUUGAUGAAUUUGUAGUAGAAAGAAGAAGACUUUUGGAUGUAUGUAAAUCACGUAUAAAUAGUAGCUAAUGACUAGAAGAACUCGACUUUAGGCGCAGCUUUUGGCAGUAGAGGGAGGCUAUUUAGCUUGUGAUACAUUUAGCUCGACGCAUGCAGUGUAUAAAAAUUUGAUUAGUGCACUUCAUGUUUCAGGAUAAGCAAAAAGAUCAGCUGUAUAUAUUUUUUGUAAUAUUAUUUAUCCGAGGAAAACAAGGAAAGUUUGAAACAAACCACGAACGCAAA